UAGUAGUAAAUAGUAAUAGUACUAUAGGCUUGUUUUGUGAAGAGAGAUAGAGCUUAUCCUUAACCUAAUCUUUGACCCAGCGGUGUUUGGAGGUUGCAGCAGCAAUGCCGACGCUGAACUUGUUCACCAACAUCCCCGUCGACACCGUCGUUGCUUCCGACAUUCUCAGAGACGCCACCAAAGCUGUUGCUAAGAUAAUCGGAAAACCCGAAUCCUAUGUGAUGAUACUGUUGAAUGGGAGUGUCCCUAUUGCGUUUGCUGGCUCUGAGGAGCCAGCUGCUUAUGGUGAACUCAUCUCCAUUGGUGGCCUUGAUCCUUCUGUUAAUGGCAAACUAAGUUCCACCAUUGCUGACAUCCUGAAAACUAAGCUUUUCAUUGAUAGUUCCCGAUUCUAUAUCAAGUUCUAUGAUGUUCAGGUCUAUUCCUGCUUUCUUAAUUCAUAUUUGCAAGUAUUCGCUUUAUUCUUAUACCCCAUAUAUUUGUAUUAUAAAUAA